AUGGAUGAAUUAUUUACAAAAGAAAAGACACUGUGUGAUGUUAGUUCAAAAGAGGGGUUUCCCAGCGUCUUUCUCCAGUCCCUAGAAAAAAUCCAGAGCAGAAAGAUCUGCAGCGCAUUUCUUAGCAGAGUAGAGGAAGACGGGCUGGAAAUAUCAGAGGUGUUUUUGUUUAUGCAAGAAGCAGUGCAAAUAGCAAAACGGAUAAAUUCGUAUUCACUUGAGCGAAUUAAAAAAAAGUUUGACGGUCUAAGGCUGAUAAAAUAUGUGCUAUCGCGUCCUGUGCAGCUGGGGCACAAAGAAGAAACAGGCCUGUGCGAGUUUAUAGAUGUAUUUGAGAUAGUGUGCGAUGAAAAACACAAAAUACCGCUGUCAAAUGAGGCAGUGCAGACGCGGGUUUUGUUCUAUCUAGCAAAAAAAUCAAAAAUAACCGAGCUGGAAGUUGAGGCAGCAUCUCAGCUGGUAAAGAUAGUAAAAGCUCGGAGGAACCAAGGGAAGCAGGAGUAUCUGGAAGAAAUAGUAGACUUGCUGCGGAGAGAAAUAAAAAAUAAAGAAUUUGCAGAAACCGUAAAAGAAGAAAUAAAAACGAACUGGCCCUACGAAAAAACAAAUCCAGCCCAGAAAGUACUUCUAGCGCUGCUCGAGCAGGAGCCGUGUCCAUACGAGAACUUCAAAAGCAGAAAGAUCGACAUCCACACUGUAUCGCCUUUUUUUAUCAGAGACAAAGAAACCAUCCAUUUAAUGCCUGUCAUAUUCUGUAUAGAAAGAAUACUGGAGCAAGAGAGCGAAACAGUCACGGCAGAGAUAUCGCGUCCAGAUCCAGCCUCAAAAACAAAUGCAAAAUUUGUUCAGUGCACAGCAGCUGAGUGCAGCCAGCAGAUAAACACUGAGCACUUUCGGUUCUAUCUCAUGCACAAGCUCAGAAUAGACGCAGAAGUGGAGAGACUGACAAACGAAACACUCAUGUGCCACCUGAAUGAUACAAGCCUGAUAGGAAAAGGAGCAAUGCACUUGAAAAAAUAUCAAAGCGACAAGUAUUUAAUGUACGUGGUAAACACCAUCAAAAAAAUCGGAAAAAAGAAACAAAAGUCAAAACCAGAGACAGAGGCGAUGCAGGCGCUCCUCUCAUCGCUAAAGUACUUUCCUAUGCAUGGGCCCAAUGAAGACUACAUCCUCAGCAUAUCCAAGACUGCGUGCCAGGAAGUUUCCGUUGUAAAAAUAGUUUUGGUGCUAAACAUUCUUUAUGCAGUCCGCGGAACAAAAAAGAUAGGGUUUGCAAUUGCUUUAGUAACGCAUGAGCUUUUGAAAAAAACAAAACAAAACGAGUCCGAGCUCUACAUAGGAAAUAUUGUGUAUGCAACAGGAAAAAAACAAGCCAAGUGUCUGGAAGUGGCUAAGCCGCUAAUCCUUGACCAUCUGCUGCACCGGUCCUCUGAUGAUAUAACCGUCAUUCUCAACACACUAUCAAAACUGUACAGAUACCCCACAGCAAAGGCGUUCAUAGAGAGAGAGAAAUAUCUGCUUGCGCCAAGACUCUGGCAGAACGGGUUGAUUGAUGAGUACUAUGCACACACGCCAAGCAUUUCCAUAUACUAUGCGAUGUACAUCUAUGAAAUAAAAAAGAACGUUCUGCAAGAGGAAAACACAAUAAAAGAACAGAUAAAAAGAACAAUAUGCGAAACAGGGCCAGAGUCAGUUGCAACAAUCUAUAUAGCACUCCCUAAACCAGAGGAACUAUUUGCCGUGUGUGGAAUAGACACAAAAGAGCUGGUGCAAAGAUUCUCUCUGAUGUCUAUGCUGUUUACCACGAGAAGAAUACUAGAAGAUAAGAUAGUUCCUGCUGGCAACUGCAUUUUCAAUCUAAUUUGUUUGGUGGUCCAGGCUUUUUACACAGAAAGAGAGCCCAGCACCAACGAGCUGCAGGAAGUAGUUUUGUUCCUAGUGCACACGGGAAACAUAAAGAGCCAGAUGCAGUGCUGCAGUAUGCAGUGUGCUAAAGAACGGUUUUUUGAUGACCUAAUAAGGAAGUCCUGUUCUCACGAUCUGAUCCACUACAAGUACAUGUUUGCCCAUGAACUGACCAAAAAGCAGAAAGAAACCAUUGAGAAGGUUGCUGGAAAAGACGUCUCUCUCUAUCUAGAGGACGCCUCUACGCUCGAAGAGUGCGUGGUGCGAAUACAUCCAUACCUAAAACUUAGGUCAUUUUUUGCUUUUCUAUCCAUAAAAAAAAUACUCCCAACUGUCCUCAGAUCAGAGCACAGAGACGCCAUUGAGCUAAAAAAAACACACUGGCCUCAAUGCAAAUUGCUGAUAGUAUCUCUGUGCCGGAUGUACAUAGACUCGCGCGACAGCGAUGCACUGAAGUCGCUUGCAUACUUUGGGCUUCAGGUGCUCGACGCCCUGGAAGAAGGCCAUGACAAGACAGACCUGUUUUUGGAAAAAUCGAUAGGAUUGAUUGACAUGGAGCACAAAACAAAAACAGAGAUAGUGAGUUUUUUCAUAUCAAACAUACUGAUUCCCAUCUACUACGAAACACUCGACGAUCUUCUUUUGUACAUUAUCCAGGAGCUUAUCAAAGACACCCCACUGCAUAAGAAUCUGCCAGAGCACACCGAGUUUAUCACUAGACUGCAAUCUUCAAAAUACGUCAUAGAAAUAGAUGCGAGCAGACUAUCAGAAAUAAAAAUGAAGUGCAAUAAGAGCGCGUACAGGCGAGGAAUAUCACACAUUAAUUUCCUGAUAGGACUGAUAACAGUUCUGGCAGAGUCUCCACGAAGAGCCUCUAUCUUUCCUGUUCUGGAGAACACACUGGCCAUACUCGACACGCUUGAAGGGAAGAAAUGGCCGCAGCGACACAAAGUAUCGCUCCUGCAGUUUUAUCUCUUUUUGAUGAUAUACUCUCUCAAGCCACUGAAUACAGAAGAAAUCAGAGAGCAAUUUGUGCCUGUUUUUAAAGACGUGCAGGGCGGCGCUCUUAUUGAUCCAGACAUUCUGCGAACUGCGAUAUCAAACAGUCUGUGCAUGACCGGAGUCUUCACCAGCACAGAACUAUUUAUGUGCAGUAAAUACGUCCAGGACACACAGUUUACAAUUAGGCUGCUGGAAGAGCAGCUGAGAGCUUGCAAAAAUUUGAACGACAGAGACCAUAUACUGACAAAAAUACAGGAAGAGCAUCUGCAGAUAAAAGAAAAAGAUGCUGUUUUUGGAAUCAAUGCUGUCAUUCAAAAGCUGUCGCCUGUCAACCUAGCAGCAGAGCUGAAGAUAAACAACGAACACGCAAACUACACGUAUCUGCGCAAGGACAUUCUCGGACAGCUGCCGCAGCCAGAAAAAAAAGACUCAAAGUACAAAGAGCUAUUUGAAUCACUAAACAGCAGCACAGAAAAUAGUGGCCAAAAUAAUCAAGAUUCAGCAGUUGACAAGAUCCUUAGAAAAGCAGAAGAGGCAAUACAGCAGUGGACACACACAAUGCCUCUGCACACUUUUAGCAGAGACCCUGACUCGCUUAAAACAUUUCUAAUCGACGCGCACAUAUUGCAGGAUUUUCAAAUUCUUCAGGGCAACAAGCCACUCCCAAAGGCACUGAAUAUCAUUAGAAGCAGAAGAGAGUCAGCGCGAUCGUACGAAUCACUGCGGGUCUCUGAAAUACACAGACAGCUUCUCAUGCUCUUUCCGCACUCUGAAGAGGUCGAAGCAGCUGAGAAAGAUGCACUUCUGCACGGCGUAAGAAUAGCAAGAAAGUCUGGUCAAUGCGAGCUAUCAGAAAAACUGCUGAUUAGAUCUAUUUUGAAAGACGACUGGCGAGUGUUUUACGAGAAAGCAAAGAUACACCUUCUAAAAAGCAACAAAAGUCUAGCUAAGCAAGCCCUGCAGAGACUCAUGCUGCAUCUGCCAAAGGAGAGCGAAUAUAAACAGAAAGCGAUCCUUCUGAACACCGAAAUUGAAAAAUCUGAGGACAUAUACAAAUCAGCACUAGCAUCGCUAAAAACAAAUGAGCAGCUAUAUUUCAACUAUGGAAAGUAUCUUGAGAAGAAGCAGCCUGUGCUUGCUUUCAAGAUGUUCUGCAAGGUUCUGGAGUACGGGCACGAAAAAGCGCCCGAAAUAGUUCCCAAGCUAAUUCACUACAUAACAGACACAAGCAAUGCACAUUUCCUAAAAGAGAAUGUGGGAGACUGUGCGGCCGAGAUGCAGAAAACUCUGCAAAAAGUAGACAUAAAAAUAUUCAGACGGUGCUACAUGCAAAUACUGACCCGGCUGUCGCAUAAAGACAAAGUGGUGGAAGAUCUUCUGUCGACAAUUUCACUGAGAUUGAUAGAAAAGUUUCCCGCUGAGUUCUCAUGGCGCACACUGGCGCUGUUUAAAAACAAGAAAAAUGCUGCAAUACACAGCCUUAUAGAGCGCACGUCCUUCUCCUUUAGGAAACUGUUCUCGGAUGUGAUUGAGUUUACAGGCAUAGUGAGCAGGAUAAGCAUGUACACAGCAGGCAGUGGAGUCAUCCACAUUCCAACUAUUCUUGGGUCAUCGCUGUCUGUUACUAAGGGAAUACCCGCUCCAUGUGAUGAUUUCACAAGUGCGAUUAUUUCUGUCUCUGAUGUUGUUUUUGUUUUUCCAACUCUCCAAAAACCGAAAAAAAUACAAACACUUACCUCAUCAGGGUGCUACAAGUCUUUUCUGUGCAAAGCCAAUGACGAUCUUCGCAAGGACGCAGUGUUCAUGGACCUGAACAUGCUUCUGAACUCGCUCUUCCAGAGCGACAAUGAAUGCAAGCUUUUCAGCAUAAGAGUCUACACGGUUGUCCCAAUAACAGAAAAAAUAGGAAUACUGGAGUUUGUUGAAAAUCUGCACACUUUAAAAAGCAUAUGCGAUGAGCUGUACAGAGAAAAAGGAAUUGAUCUGAAGAGUAUAGGCGUAUCAAUGGGCUUCAAUAAGAAGAUAGAAACUCUUGGGAGAACCCUUCUCAAAGAGCUGCUGGAGAAGGUGCCUCCUGUAUUUUCUCUGUACUUUUUGCGGCAGUUUACGCGGCCCAUUGACUGGCUGCAGGCCAGAAAGAGGUACACGAUAACAUACGCCGUUAUGAAUGCCGUUGGAUAUCUGAUGGGGCUUGGUGACAGACACUGCGAGAAUAUUUUGUUCGAUGGAAAAACGGGAGAAACAGUCCAUGUCGAUCUAAACUGUAUAUUUGAUAAGGGCCUGUCUCUGAGAGUACCUGAAACAGUUCCUUUCAGGCUUACACAGAACAUAGUGGAUGCAUUUGGGCCCACAAAGGAAGAAGGGCAAUACAAGCUUACUCUGGAAAGAGUUCUCAAGUUCCUGUCUCUGAAUAAGGAUCUAAUCGUGGCGAACUUGCUAGGAUUUGUGCACGAUCCUCUGGGGGAGUGGACGGGAAGAAAUAACGCAAAAAUGGCAAUACAGGUCAUUGAAAAAAUAAAAGUAAAAAUAGACUUUGAUGACGAGAUAACGAAAUCCUGUCUGCUGAUAGAAAAAAGCAUGUCGCUAGAAGCCCUUGAGCAGAUGUAUGUCUGGUGGCUUCCGUUCAUAUAG